CCACCGCGAGAAGUCCAGCUUUGCAAAAUGCCGCGACGAGUCCACAGAUUCGAUUGCCGCGACGGUAGCCCGCACCGAUGGCGUCGACAUCGUUCAUUUGCGCCGGAUGCGCCCGCGCCCUUCGAUUAAAAACAGCACCACCCCUCGGGUCGCUGUCCCAGACCGUUCGCUAUUCCGGCCGAUCCGCCCCGAGCUCCGACGCAUCAAACGACCGUGCCGAUGCAUCCCACCUAAGCCGGAGACUCGGGCCCGAGCCUGACCCUGACCACGAACAGGGGGCCAUGACACGCCGCCUCCAGCAAGCGACCGAAGAUGCCCUCCUCACCGGAGGCCGCGCCGGCCGCCACGCCAUCGAAGAAGCGGGCUUCAGCGAGGAGCUCAAGGCCCAGUUGCUGGACAAGGUGGCCGACAUGAAGUUCCACCACGAGCACGCCGCCGCGCUGGCGCAGGCGGGCAUCACCUCGCGCAUUCCUGACUCCGCCGGGCUGGGCACCCGGGCGAUUGCGUCCGCGAAGCCGUGGACAGGCGAGGAAUCGACCGAGGAUACCGUGUUGCGGAUGUUGGAUAAUGCGCACAAGCCGUUGGCGCCCGGGUUAAGGGGGAAGAGUACGCCGCCAGCGCCGGCGCCGGUAGACAUGCGGUUCCGCAGGGAGGUCGGCCUGAGUCCCGGCCAAAGAGCUUCGAGUGCGCGGGACAAGGCGCAGGCCUAUGCGGGGAUGGGGAUGAAGGAUAAAGGCCUGAGCGAUGAAGAAAGGGAGGCGCUGAAGCGGGAAUUCCGUGAACGGUUUACUCCCGCGGCGAGGGCGGUGCCGAAUUCGGUGUCGGCGCUGGCCGCCCUGGCGAACGAACGGAUCGAAGAUGCCAUUGCGAGGGGCCAGUUCAAGAACAUCCCUCGCGGAAAGGGGAUAGAAAGGGACACGAGAGCAGACAACCCGUUCAUCGACACCACCGAAUACAUCAUGAACAAGAUGAUCAAGCGCCAAGACAUAGUCCCCCCCUGGAUCGAGAAACAACAGGAACUUAUCAAAGCCGCCGAGACGUUCCGCGCCCGCCUGCGCAACGACUGGAAGCGCCACGCCGCGCGCAUGAUCGCCAGCCGCGGCGGCACCCUCGAGGAGCAACUCGCCCGCGCUGCCGCCCAUGCCCGGGCCGAAGAGAUCCACAACCCGCGCCGGCGCAACCCGGAACAGAUCUCGGUGCCCACCAACUCCACCGCCGACGUCGUCAUGCAGCGGGUCACCGCCGCGCCGCCCUCCCCUCUCUCUCCCUCCAACCCCACCCCCGCCAAUCCCGACGACGCCCAUGCCGGCAACCCCGGUGGCGGUGGUGCUGGUGGCGGUGGUAGUGGUGGUGGCGACUCCCCCGACCCAGCCCGCCCACCAGCCCACGACGCCGCGAUCACCCAACCCUUCCGCGACCCGGCCUGGGAGGCGGCCGAGCGGCCGUACAUGAGCCUCGCCAUCGCCAACCUCAACGCGCUCACGCGCUCCUACAACCUGAUGGCGCCCGAGCUGGCCAAGAAGCCGUACUUCUCGCUCGAGCGCGAGCUGAGCAGCUGCUUCGCCGACGUCGCGCCGCUGGUCGCCGACGAGAUUCGCCUACGCGCCACCCGCCCGGCCAAGUCGCUCGUAGACGCGCCGUUUGGUGGCCGCGGCGUCGGAGGAGGUGGCGGCGGUGGUGUAGGGCAGCUUGGCGCGGGGCUGGCGGGGCUGUUUAGGGCGCCGCCGGUGAAGGUGGUAGAGAGUCGGGAGAAGUACUAUGGAUUUAGGGAGUUUUGGAGGGAUCUGUGGAAGAGGGGCGGUUAAGUGUGGGUUUCGCUGCCGGUUUGUGUUGGUGUCGUGCUUGGUGGCGGGCGGGCGACGUGUUUUUGUGGGCUGCUAUAUAUUUGAUGAAGGGAUAUACGCUUGAUGCUAGCGGAUGUUGGUCCACAUAAAGCGGAGCCCAUGGCUAUGCUGUCGAAUGUGUGUGUGUACCUGCCUACUUUUUGCUCCCUCGAUCGAUCGAUCUCCUGUGAGACACGACUCGCUUUGGAUUCCACCAAGAUCCGAUGAGCAGUAGCGUCAUAGCGUUCCGUACACUUUUUCUAUAUUUUCUUCUUUGCUCUUCUCUCGGUGUUUAAAUCGGAAGUUAUUUUCCC